AUGCUCGGUCCAUUCCCCCGGAAUCGCAGGGCAUUCUACCUGGUACUGGUAUGCGCAGUAACUUCGAUAUGCUUCAUCAACCUCCUAGUCCUCACACAUACGGUCGACGACUCCGUGAUCCGCCUCCCUAAUCUGAGUCUCUUCACCGCAACAACAAACCCCGUGAUCGGAGAAUAUGCGCACGACGAACACCCUAUCGGCGAUCUGAUGAAGGAAGCAAAUCGAGAAUGGCUUGUGUAUGAUAAUAGUCGCUCAACGAACUUCCGCCGAACAGUCGCCAAAUACCGUGAGAAAUAUGGACGACACCCACCUCCAGGUUUCAAGGAAUGGUACAUGUUCGCCCGCAAAAAGAAGGCGCAUAAUGUGGACGAUUUCCAGCAGAUAACAGGCGAUCUGCGACCUUUCUGGGCGGUUCCUCCGGCGGAAAUCCGACAGAUGGCGGCCGGGCUACAAGCAAGUGACGGUAUUGCAGGUGUGCAAAUUCGCAAUAAGAAGGUCGUUCACUCCCCUGUUGAAGGGUGGAGAGUUGAAACACUGAGAGAAUCGAUUAAUCGCAUUGUUCAGUACCUCCCGGACAUGGAUAUUGCGCUCAAUAUCAUGGAUCAGCCACGAGUCAUGGUUUCAUUUGAGGAAACGCAGGAGUUCCUCCGCACCGAAGCUCUCACCAGAAGCUUACCCAACGAUGCGCAAGAUAGGUUCACGCCAGACAUGAACUAUCUAUAUAAGAAAGACUCCAAUAUCGAGGAACGUGCUGACCCAUCCUGGACCUCGAUCGCUGGAAAGCUAUACAUGGACUUCGCUAAAGAGUCCUGUGACCCUCACUCUCCCGCUCGGAAUGAAAAUUUCACUCUACAGGAUGCCGAUAAGCUAUACAAAUCCUCCUCGGGUGGGUUUGUCACUAACUUUACUGCCUCUUCUGAUCUUUGCACCGUUGGUCCUGUUCUUGGGAAGAACCACGGAUUUCUAUUCUCGGCAUCCAGCAACCUGAUCACCAGGAAGCUGAUGCCAGUCUUCAGCGAGUGCAAGGUUAGCGUGAAUAAUGACAUCCUUUUCCCUGCAAACAUGUAUUUCUUGGACGACAAGCGGUACGUAUACAAUUCGCGACAUGACUAUGAGUGGCAGGACAAAGCGGAUACCCUCAUCUGGCGUGGCGUCACUUCCGGGGGUGUUCAACUUGCGGAUAACUGGCAGCACAUGCACCGCCAACGCUUUGUGCACAUUACCAACGGCACUGAGAUGAGUUCAGAGACGGUCUCGAUACUUUCCGAGACAAAGCCGGGGCAGUAUCGUCCCUAUCCCAGUUUCAACCCAAGCAACUUUUCAUUGGACCACUUCGAUGUCGGCUUCACUGAGGCCUGGGGCUGCAUCCCGAACUGCUCCUUCUACGACGAUGUUUGGACUUAUAAAGAUCCCAAGGACUUCAGCGAGCAAUUCAAGGCAAAAUACCUCGUCGACAUCGACGGUCACAGUUUCUCUGGUCGGUGGCGCGCAUUUCAGCUCAGCAAAUCCCUGGGGAUCAAGGCAACUAUUUUCCGAGAAUGGCAUGACUCCCGGCUCUUCCCGUGGCGUCAUUUCGUCCCCAUGGACAAUCGCUAUGAUGACCUGUACGGGUUGAUGACCUACUUUCUCGGUUUGGACUCGCCAGCAUCCCCCGUCGAUGCACUCUCAGCCAGCGAGCCUCACAUGAAGAGUCAUGACUUCGAGGCCGAGGUGAUCGCAUCUCAAAGUCGGGAAUGGGCGCAGCAUGCCCUGCGCAACGAAGAUCUGGACAUCUAUCUCUAUCUUCUUCUCCUCGAGUACGGACGCAUCAUUGAUGACAAUCGUGAUAGCAUUGGGUACAGUGGCGACGGAAGUGAGCUGGACGACUUUGACGAUCAAUAUCCUUUUUCUCCGGCGAUACGUGAUAUCGUCACCCCUCCUCUUUCGUUCACUGAUGAACAAUGA